GCGCUCGCUGCUGCCCCUGCCUCAGGACGCGGCGCUCGGCUCCCCGCUCCGGAUCCCGGCCAUGGCCUCGGGCGGCGGCGGCGGCGGCGGCCGGCGGGGCCGGGAGGAGGACGAGCUGCCCGUGUACCUGGCGCGGCCGGGCACCACGGCCCAGGUCCCCCGGCAGAAGUACGGCGGCAUGUUCUGCAGCGUGGAGGGCGCCUUCGAGAGCAAGACGCUGGACUUCGGGGCCCUGAGCGUGGGGCAGCGCGGAGCCCGGGGCAGCCGGCAGCCGCAGCCGGCGGCGCCCGAGCCCGAGCCCCCGCGGGAGCCCCCCGCCGCCGCCCCCGGGGUGGAGAUCCGGAGCGGCUCGGACAAGGAGCGGCUGCAGAACCUCGGCCACCAGCCGGACAAGAGUGAUCGUCUUCUUAUUAAAGGAGGCAGAAUCGUCAAUGAUGACCAGUCGUUCUAUGCUGACAUUUACAUGGAGGAUGGUCUCAUAAAGCAAAUUGGAGACAAUCUGAUCGUCCCUGGCGGAGUUAAAACCAUAGAAGCCAAUGGGAAGAUGGUGAUCCCUGGAGGAAUCGAUGUCCACACUCACUUGCAGAUGCCAUACAAGGGGAUGACUGCUGUGGAUGACUUCUUCCAGGGAACGAAAGCAGCCCUGGCUGGCGGAACCACCAUGAUCAUUGACCAUGUGAUCCCUGAGCCAGAGGCCAGCCUGACAGAAGCGUAUGAGAAAUGGCGAGAGUGGGCCGAUGGGAAGACCUGCUGUGACUACUCCCUGCAUGUGGACAUCACCCACUGGAACGACAGUGUCAAACAGGAAGUACAGAUGCUCAUCAAAGAAAAAGGAGUUAAUGCCUUCAUGGUUUACAUGGCCUACAAGGAUUUGUACCAGAUGUCAAACACAGAGCUGUAUGAGAUAUUUAGCUGCCUGGGAGAUCUAGGUGCAAUAGCUCAAGUUCAUGCCGAAAAUGGGGAUAUCAUUGAACAGGAACAAACCAGGAUGCUGGAGAUGGGAAUAACUGGCCCAGAGGGCCAUGUGCUGAGUAGACCAGAGGAGCUGGAGGCAGAAGCCGUCUUCCGCGCCAUCACCAUUGCUAGCCAGACCAACUGCCCUCUGUAUGUGACCAAAGUGAUGAGCAAGAGUGCUGCUGACCUCAUCUCGCAAGCCAGGAAGAAAGGGAAUGUGGUGUUUGGUGAGCCUAUCACAGCCAGUCUUGGCACAGAUGGGACACACUAUUGGAGCAAGAAUUGGGCCAAGGCUGCUGCAUUUGUGACCUCUCCACCUUUGAGUCCAGACCCAACAACCCCCGACUACAUCAACUCCUUACUGGCCAGUGGCGACCUGCAGCUUUCGGGGAGUGCUCACUGCACAUUCAGCACCGCACAGAAAGCAAUUGGGAAGGACAACUUCACAGCAAUCCCAGAAGGGACCAAUGGCAUCGAGGAGCGGAUGUCCGUCAUCUGGGACAAGGCAGUGGCCACGGGGAAGAUGGACGAAAACCAGUUCGUGGCAGUGACGAGCACCAAUGCUGCCAAGAUCUUCAACAUGUAUCCACGGAAAGGGAGAAUAGCGGUGGGGUCGGACAGUGACCUGGUCAUAUGGGAUCCUGAUGCAGUGAAGAUUGUCUCAGCCAAAAGCCACCAGUCGGCAGCUGAAUACAACAUCUUUGAAGGAAUGGAGUUGCGUGGGGCUCCGCUGGUUGUCAUAUGCCAGGGGAAGAUCAUGCUGGAGGAUGGCAACCUUCAUGUGACACAGGGAGCUGGGCGCUUCAUUCCCUGCAGUCCUUUUGCAGACUAUGUCUACAAGCGCAUUAAAGCCAGGAGGAAGAUGGCCGAGAUGCAUGCCGUGCCCAGAGGCAUGUAUGAUGGGCCCGUGUUCGAUUUGACAGCCACGCCUAAAGGCGGAACCCCUGCAGGCUCCACCAGGGGAUCCCCCACCCGGCAGACGCCUCCCGUCAGGAAUCUCCAUCAGUCUGGAUUCAGCCUGUCAGGUACCCAGGUCGACGAAGGUGUUCGUUCAGCCAGCAAGCGCAUUGUAGCACCCCCUGGAGGCCGCUCCAAUAUAACCUCCCUGAGUUAAGCACCCAAGCAGGGAAGGAAACACCAAUAUUCAAGGGGGAAAAUGGUACAUUGGUAUUUAAGAAGGAAAAGCAAUUAAAAACCGUUAAGAGCUGAAGAAUCAAUAAGCCUCAAGCCUUAUGUUUCACAAACGCUAUUUGCUACCUAGCUUUAAAAAUAUUGCUUUGGUUUCUGUUUAUGCAUAGCCUUAAUUUUUUUCUUUCAUUUUUACAUGCAUGCAAAUCUGACAGGUCACUAAGUUAAGAGUCUGUAAUAUACGUGUUGAGUGCUUGUGCGAUGCUGCAUUGUAAGGAGGGGGCGGAGAAAGCUGGGAUGACAGUGACAUGAACGAACUAGCUAGGCAGGUUAUUCAGAAGGAAUCGGCGUGGGGGUGGGGAGGGCGGGU